AUGAUGAUGACGUGCCGUCUGCUGUGCGCCCUGUUGGUGCUUGCCCUGUGCUGCUGCCCAUCCGUGUGUGCGUCAGGGGAUGAGCCUGAAGGCUCUUCCAAAACGACCACGAAGAAUACAACACAGCCACCAGUUACUAAUGACAAGGCUAAUAUUCAAGCUGUUGGAAAAGUCGUCGGUCAAUCGUCCCUCCAACUAGAGGGAGCGCAGGGGAAAGGUCACUCAGGACCGUCUGCACCACCAGUGACUAAUCCGGCUGUGAAACCAGAAGAUGACGGAGCGGGACAGAGUACGACCGGUACUUCACAGGCGGAUGGUAACGAUGGUACGACAGGGUCACAAGGUAGCACGGGACAACCCGCGGAUCAAGCAAAUGGGAAUGCCGAAGGUGGUGUUGACACGACCACUACGACCACUACGACCACGACCACCACAACAAAGGCACCAACCACGACGACGACUACCACUGCGCCAGAGGCACCAAGUACUACGACUACAGAGGCGCCAGCUGUGUCGACCACCCGCGCACCGUCAGGUCUUCGCGAAAUCGACGGCACCCUCAGCAGCUCUGCGUGGGUGUGUGCCCCGCUGGUGCUCGCCGCAUCCGCGCUGGCGUACACCACUCUGGGCUGA